GUAAUAGAUUCCAUUAAAAAUGCAUGAGGGGGUGCAGAGAUGAAACCGGCAGCUGCAGUAGCAGUGCUGUCUGUCAGUCUGUUUUAGACUCUGACCAGACUGCUUGCCCUGUCUCCCUGGCUCCAUCGCUUUGGCAAGAUCCUGCGUCCAUUUAGAGGAGGCCUUUGAGAGUCACUAGAUAGUCUUUAAGUGUGACUGCAAGCUAUCAGUCUGGCAUUGCAGGUCAUUGAUGGAACUUGUUAAUACUUUAGGGCUCACUUUUGGCAUGGAUUAUUCACAAAACCUCCUGCAUUUUCAGUGCUUUUAAAGCAGUCAUUUUAUACCCAUUUUUACUGUCAUCCCCAAACAGAACCCGUGGUUUUGCAGGUCUUUGUGACCACAUCACUAAUGGAUCCCCCAAGGUCCGAGCGGCUGUAGAUCCCAGAAAGCAGCAGCCAUGUUAGCCUGCCUACAGAGACGGCAGCAGAACCUCUCAUCUCAGCGUCUGGUCUGCACCCCCAAGAUCCUGGAUGCUCCGCAGCAGCAGCAGCCCAGCACACGGCAAAGUGAGCUGGUCUCCAUGAAUGGCCCUCGGUAUCCUUCCCCUGCAGAGCUGGAUGCCUUUGCCCAGAAGACGGCCAGCAGCCCCCUGUCCAUCAAGAUCUUCCCAUCUAACAUCAGAGUGCCGCAGCACAAACAGCUGAACAGGACGGUCAACGGCCUGGACACCACAUGCACCCAGCACUACAGUCCCUACUCAGGAGGCUACCAGGGCCUACUGGGUGUUGUAAAGGCCUCCGUCUCCAUGGUCAAAGGCGUACUGAAAAACUCUGAGGGCAAGAGGACUAAACAUUCCCCCGCCCAAACUGCAGUGGCACCAUACAACCUUUUCUGUAACAACAGACACGGGCAGCAGAAGAGCUACCGCAUAGGCUCCUGCAAGCCUCAUGACGGGCCACAUGUGUCUGUACCCUCUAAUAUCAUUGGGGCUGUGUCAGUCAUUCCCACCCCGGUAGGGCAGACUCUGGCCCCUCAGCCGGAUCUGGAUGUCCAGAGCCUGCUGAGGCAGAUGAACAGACACACCCACAGCCAGGCCCUGCAGCACAGGGGAGGGGCCCAGCCAAGCCCUUCCCUUCAAGCUGUGGCUGCUGUAGCCUGCUCAGAUUCUGGCUUUACGCUGGGAGUAGCGCCCCAGAGCAGUCUGGCAUAUUCGGGGGCCGUGCUGCCCACCCAGAGUGCAGACAUGGCCAAGGCUGGCUACCUGGACAGAGUGGAUUAUAGCACAUGGCAGCACAAACAACAGCAGCAGCACUAUCAACAGGGGGCGCUAAGGAUAUACAACAAUGCUCGGAUGGGCAGCGGGGGAGGUGCCGUGGUCAGCCGCUCUCCAGAGACUUGUCUCCCUUUGGCCUGCUCGGCACAGCUCUCCUAUAGGCCUCAUCCCCUCAGUGCAGGCACUAACGGGGCAGGAGCAGGGAUAGGGCAGGACCGGGUUAGCUCCUCCCCUCUGAACUGUGCUGCCAUGCAUGGGGAGUUCUCUGUGGGCCAGUACUUCGCCCCUCCCUGGAACAGUGUUCUGGUCACUCCGGACAGCGACUGUUACAACCCUCAGGAGCUGGUGCCUGGCUCCUCUAUUGUCCUGCCCAGAGACAUGGGGCUCUCCCACCCUCAUCCAAACCAUCACCCCAACCGCCAGCUCCACCCCCACCCCCACCCUCAUCCCCAGGCCUAUGCCACAGACCAAAGCCUGGGCCUCUGUUUUGGGAUGCCCAGCACCAGCCUGUGCCACGCCUCUGUGCUGAGCAGCAGCUUGCAGUCUCUGGAGUGCCUGAUCAGUGAGAUCCACCCACCCUGCAUUAAGGAGCGCAUGCUGGGACGGGGCUAUGAGGCGGUGGGGAUGCCCCAGCUACUGGACCACAACCUACAGCACACCCACAUUCAGCUGCCUGUGUUCCGAUAAGACGGGACAUAUCCACACAGGGCAUACAGUGCCUUCGGAAAGUAUUUAGACCCCUUGACUUUUUCCACAUUUUGUUACGUUACAGCCUUCUUCUAAAAUUGAUUUUUUUUUAAAUAGCAACAUAAAAAAAAAAAAUCCAAAUGUAUAAA